AUGGUAAUAAAUUUUAGUCGAACAUUGACUUUAUAUUUCUGGCUUUUUUAUCGGAUAAUUUUAAUAAUUAGAGCUGAGGAUAUAUUGGCCUCGGAAUCAAACAUUGUGGACUAUAAAGUCGAUUCUUUACCACUGGAAUUUGUUCCCGGCAGCGGUUACGUAGUUAAAGUUGAAGUUGGCGGCCAGCCUCUGAAGCUUUUGUUAGAUCCAAAUGUUUGCGGUAUAAUUUUGUUCGAAAACACAGACAGAAUUUGUUCUAAAGAUGAUAAGGGAAGCUGUUAUGACCCAUACAAGUCAAAAACAGCAAGCUGGUGUGUUAACACGGCAGUUUGCGUACCAGGAAAGUUCAAUUACCAGUGCAAGGAAACACCUUCACCCAGCAAAAUAAAGGAACUUACGGUCGAUUCUGAUAUUAUAAAAAUAUAUUCAAUUGAGGGUUUAGAGUCCCUUAAAAUCGCAGUUGACCACAAAAAAUCACCUUACAUCCUUGAUAAAGUACCAGUCAAACUCGGACGCUCUUUGGACCGCUACGAUCGCAAGAUUUUUACCAAUGUUGAUGGCAUUUUUGGCAUAUCAGUAACGCGUGAUUAUCGCGGCUUUUUUGUACUGGAUAUUAACCCUGUACAGAAUGUUAGAUUCCCCAGUAAGUUAUUUUUGGGUACCGACAGAGUUUCUGAGGAUGAAAUAGUCUGGUCUGAAAAGCGUCAAACCGGUGGAAUCUUCACUAAUUCACUCAUACAAUUCACUAUCUAUGAUCUAAAAAUGUGUAACACAAAAAUCUUCGGACGCACUUCGUCAAAUUGGGAAGCAGCCAUAGAUCUCACAACACCGUAUUUGAUAUUGCCGAAGAAUUUUUGGAUGACAAUGAUGUCAUAUUUACCAGUGGAUAAAUCAUGCUUCGAUGAGGGUCUAAGCCCUCGAUUAUGUAAACUAACUGUUGGGAACAGACUGUUCCCAAUCAUUGAGUUUAAACUUAGCGAGUCUUAUUAUUUGAAUUUCGAAAAGGUCGAAACUCCUUCAAUCACAAUUCCCCUUGAAAAUCUCAUAUACGAUGAUGGAGAUAGUAAAACGUUACUCAUCAUCCCAGAUGAAUUCAGUGAUAGGCCUUCUUAUACCUUAAAUCCUACCAUCAAAUUUGGUUACAAAGUGUUGGAAUCGCUGAAUGUUGUGGUCGAUAGUGAUGGGUACAGAGUGGGACUCAUUAGCAAGAACCAGUUGGUAGGUUCAUUUUCCAAGUGUUCAGAGGUCCCACAAUGCUUUGGAGACCAGGUUUAUGAACCUGCACUCAAUAUUUGCCUCAACCCAAUCUGUAGCAUAUGGCUCAUGAAACGCCUAAACCCAGAAAAAGGGAUCUGCGAGACAUCGUUUGUGGCUAAGGUUGUGAUAACAACAGUUAUUUGUGCUCUGGUGGUAGCAGAACUAUAUUGUAAUUUCGCUCGAAAACAUAUUUUAAGAAUCACAUCAAGAUUGUGUAGAUAA